CUAUCAUCUAUCUACACACUAACUACCAAUGAAUAAAAGAUAACACGAGCGGGGUUUGAUUUGAUUACUCAUUACCCAUCGCAGUGGCUCUUAAACUAAACGGUAAAAUGAUUGUGAAAAUCUUUUCGUUGGGAUUUGCUCUUUCAUCUUUCUUCUUUACCCAUGCUCUAGCCCUAAACUGCAGUCUCUGCACAACCCUCAUGGGCUGGGAAGCCUGUGACAGGGCCGCCGAUUACUGGGAGUGUUCGGACGAAAUAGUCCUAUUUGGGCAUGAUUUCCUAUCGGAUUUGAAUCCUACGCUGCCGUUGAACAAAACGGCUGCCAACGCCGGUGGUGGUUACAAAUGCUACUCGCUGGAGGUGCUAUUCGGCGCGGAGAAGCAACUGCAUGGAUUUGCCCGGGGAUGCACCUUUGCCGAGGUGGAUUUCUGUUCCGGGUGGCGAAGCGGAACCGAAGUGAUUGAAUGUCGCACUUGUCGCAGCGAAGAUCCGAACUCGUGCAACGGUGCUGGUAGCUUGGUGACUGUGUUGUGGAUAAAUUUAGUCGGGAUUUUUGUCCUUGCUGUGAAAGCGUUGUAAAGUAGCGAGAUGAAUAAAGAUUUUAAUACCUGAAA